UAAGUUCGGUGCCCCAGAGUGCUAAAUUUAUCUUCAGACGAGCUACCGCGCCCGCCGCGAAUUGGAUCUCUAUGGAGGUGGCAUAGGCGAUAUCCCUGAGCUGAGAGCAUCGCCCGGCCCCCCGAAUCCUUCUUCCCUCUGUUUUGUUUUUCAUUUCUCCCCUUCCUCCCUUACCCCCUCUCCCCUCCAGUCCGCGACGACUGGCUCUUGACCCCGUUCAGGCCUCGGUGAAGGCUUUUGGUUACUCCCCUUCCACCCUAUCCCUUAAUUUUAUUUUUUUUGAAGCGUCUGCAUUUCAAGCUGCCAAGGUGGAGAGAGUGAUUGCAGAAGGGAGUGCUCCUCAUUUCAGCUUUUAUUUUUAUGUGAUAAUCUACCUUUAAGAAAAGGUGUGCCAUACCUGAGAGCACCAGGAAGUCGAAUGAGAGAUCACCUGAUACACGAACGUGUGAUGUUCCAUCUGCGCGUUGAUGCAUAGGCAGCACUUACAAAUUAACUGAUGUGUUGCUAUAUAUCAUCUCUUUGAUGGUUGCUCAUCUUCUAUGUAUCCUGUCUUAUAAUUUCAACACAUUUGUGAUAUUCAGUGUUUAUUCUAAAUUAACCAUGUUUUGUACUACAAAUUCAUUGCCUAUGGAUCUGUUGCUGAAACAAGGAAGUCUUAAACAAGAAGUAGAAUCUUUUUGUUAUCAAAUUGUGUCUGAAUCAAAUGAUCAAAAGGUUGGAAUAUUACAGAGUGAAGAUGAGCAGUUGCAGCCUGCAGUUUCUAAAAAUUCAGAAGGUGAGCUUUCCAGGGUCAAAUUUAUGUCCAAUUCCAACAAAAUAACAACAUUUAGUAAGAAACCAAAAAGAAGAAAAUACGAUGAAAGUUAUUUGUCUUUUGGAUUUACUUACUUUGGAAAUAGAGAUGCACCUCAUGCCCAGUGUGUAUUAUGUAAGAAAAUUUUAUCAAAUAGCUCUUUGGCCCCUAGUAAACUUCGAAGACAUUUGGAAACUAAACAUGCUGCAUACAAAGACAAAGACAUAAGCUUUUUCAAGCAACAUCUUGAUUCACCUGAAAAUAAUAAACCCCCAGCACCUAAAAUUGUCAAUACAGAUAAUGAAAGUGCUACAGAAGCAUCAUACAAUGUAAGUUACCAUAUAGCCCUGAGUGGAGAGGCUCAUACUAUUGGAGAAUUGCUUAUCAAGCCUUGUGCAAAAGAUGUGGUGAUGCGGAUGUUUGACGAACAGUAUAGUAAAAAAAUAGAUGCAGUACAACUAUCAAACAGUACUGUUGCACGUCGAAUUAAGGAUCUAGCUGCUGACAUUGAAGAAGAGCUUGUUUGUAGACUGAAAAUUUGUGAUGGGUUUUCACUGCAACUAGAUGAAUCAGCUGAUGUUUCAGGACUUGCUGUGCUGCUUGUGUUUGUUCGUUACAGGUUUAAUAAGUCUAUUGAGGAAGACCUACUCUUAUGUGAGUCUUUGCAAAGUAAUGCCACUGGUGAAGAAAUUUUCAACUGUAUCAACAGUUUUAUGCAGAAACAUGAAAUUGAAUGGGAAAAAUGUGUUGAUGUUUGUAGUGAUGCUUCCAGGGCAAUGGACGGGAAAAUUGCUGAGGCUGUCACCUUGAUAAAAUAUGUGGCUCCCGAAAGCUCCAGUAGUCACUGCCUGUUAUAUAGACAUGCACUAGCAGUUAAAACAAUGCCUGCAUCUCUGAAAAAUGUGCUAGAUCAGGCCGUACAAAUCAUCAAUUAUAUUAAAGCUCGACCACAUCAAUCCAGACUACUAAAAAUUUUGUGUGAAGAAAUGGGUGCCCAGCACACAGCACUUCUUCUAAAUACAGAGGUGAGGUGGCUCUCCCGAGGUAAAGUUCUUGUAAGACUUUUUGAGCUUCGUCGUGAACUGUUGGUUUUCAUGGAUUCUGCUUUUCGACUGUCUGAUUGUUUAACAAAUUCAUCUUGGCUGCUAAGACUUGCAUAUCUUGCAGAUAUUUUUACUAAAUUAAAUGAGGUUAAUCUGUCAAUGCAAGGAAAAAAUGUGACAGUGUUCACAGUAUUUGAUAAAAUGUCAUCAUUGUUAAGAAAAUUGGAAUUUUGGGCCUCAUCUGUCGAAGAAGAAAACUUUGAUUGUUUUCCUACACUGAGUGACUUUUUGACUGAAAUUAAUUCUACAGUUGAUAAAGAUAUUUGCAGUGCCAUAGUGCAGCACCUAAGGGGUUUGCGCUCUACUCUGUUAAAAUAUUUUCCUGUAACAAAUGACAAUAAUGCUUGGGUUAGAAAUCCAUUUACAGUAACUGUUAAACCAGCCUCAUUAGUAGCACGGGACUACGAGAGCCUGAUUGAUUUAACAUCUGAUUCUCAAGUGAAACAAAAUUUCAGUGAACUUUCACUAAAUGAUUUUUGGAGUAGCCUAAUUCAAGAGUACCCAAGUGUUGCAAGGCGUGCAGUUCGUGUACUUCUUCCUUUUGCUACAAUGCACCUGUGUGAGACAGGAUUUUCAUAUUAUGCUGCAACAAAAACGAAAUACAGGAAAAGACUCGAUGCUGCACCUCACAUGCGGAUCCGACUUAGCAACAUUACACCUAAUAUUAAGCGAAUAUGUGACAAAAAGACACAAAAACACUGUUCUCAUUAAAAUUGGAGGGUUUUGCAUGCCUCUUGAUAACCAAAUAUAAGAUGAAAAUAAAAGAUGAUUUACUUCA